AUGUCCCCGAAACGAGACCAUCGUGCCUUUGCCCAAAGGUUAUCGACCAGACUUUCUUCUUUGGUGUUUCUUCACCAGCUUUCCCUCGCUCUCUUUCUCUUCUGCUGCUGCGAGCCUGCGACAAUUAAAACGGUCAAUAUGGGAACCAUUUUUAAAGCGGUUGUGUUGCCUCUGUUCCUUUCAAGCUUGUUGCUUUCUCUAGUUUCCUCUGCACCCAAUGAUGGGUUGUUUAGGAUUGGACUCAAAAAGGUAAAAUUGGAUCCAAACAACCGGGUUGCUGCACAGCUGGAAUCCAAGAAUGUAGAAGCCUUGAGAGCCUCUAUUAGAAAAUACCAUCUACCUGCUAAUCUUGAAGACUCUGGGGAUAUUGAUAUUGUCUCACUAAAGAACUACUUGGAUGCUCAGUACUAUGGUGAGAUUGCUAUUGGUACUCCCCCUCAGACGUUCACUGUGAUUUUUGACACCGGAAGCGCUAAUCUGUGGGUUCCAUCAUCCAAGUGUCAUUUCUCGGUUGCAUGUUACUUCCAUGCCAACUACAAGUCAGGCAAAUCGAGUACAUACAAGAAGAAUGGGACAUCUGCUUCUAUCCAGUAUGGUACUGGAGCCAUUUCAGGUUUCUAUAGUAACGACAAUGUUCAAGUUGGGGACAUCGUUGUUGAAAACCAGGACUUUAUCGAAGCAACUAGUGAGCCUGGUCUCGUAUUUUUGGCUGCCAAGUUUGAUGGUUUAUUAGGACUUGGAUUUCAAGAGAUUUCGGUUGGAAAUGCUGUCCCAGUGUGGUACAACAUGAUUGAACAAGGUCUUAUCAAGGAACCACUAUUUUCCUUUUGGCUUAAUCGUAAUGCACAAGAAGAAGAAGGCGGUGAAAUUGUGUUUGGCGGAGUUGAUCCAAAUCACUUUAAGGGCAAGCAUACAUAUGUUCCUGUAACGAAGAAAGGCUACUGGCAGUUUGACAUGGGUGAUGUUCUUAUCGGUGGUAAACCAACUGGAUAUUGUUCUCGUGGCUGUUUUGCCGUUGCAGAUUCAGGAACUUCUCUUUUGGCAGGUCCAACAACUGUGAUUACCAUGAUAAAUCAAGCCAUUGGAGCCGAGGGUGUUGUUAGCCAGGAAUGCAAGGCAGUUGCUCAACAGUAUGGGCAAACCAUUAUGAAUCUGCUCUUGGCUGAGGCCCGACCAGACAAGGUUUGUUCCCAAAUUGGAUUGUGCACCUUUGAUGGCACUCGUAGUGUUAGUAUGGGCAUUGAGAGUGUGGUGGAUAAGAGCAACGGGAAAUCUUCUGGCAUUCUUCAUGAUGCUUCGUGCUCUGCUUGUGAGAUGGCGGUUGUCUGGAUGAAAAACCAACUUGGGCAGAACCAGACGCAAGAUCGUAUUUUGAACUACGUCAAUGAGCUUUGUGAACGGAUGCCAAGCCCAAUGGGGCAAUCUGCUGUUGACUGUGGAAGGCUUUCUUCCAUGCCUAGUGUUUCCUUCACCAUUGGUGGUAAAGUUUUUAAGCUCACCCCGAACGAGUACAUACUUAAGGUGGGUGAGGGUCCUCAAGCUCAGUGCAUAAGUGGCUUCACUAAUAUCGAUAUCCCUCCUCCCCGGGGACCUCUCUGGAUCUUGGGAGAUAUCUUCAUGGGUCGCUACCACACUGUCUUUGAUUCUGGAAAUAUGAGAGUUGGAUUUGCAGAGGCAGCGUAA